CCGUAUGGCUUUGACUUUUGACCAGUUGGAACUACACGGAUUAGCUGCAGACAGAGGGGAGGAAGUUUAGCACACGUCAUCAAAACACCCUGUUUCUCCUUGUCUUCCAUGUGAGCCCGGUGCUCUGCAUUCUCCUUCGUCAUUUCCUCCACCGCUCACCUCUUCUGCUCCCCACCCCAACUCCGCCCCCAUGAAUAUGAUCAUCAGAUGCGGCUAGCAUCAUAUCUCGCCUCCACUUCGUCACCUCCUCGCCAUUCUAUCCCACCAGCUGCAUAUAUCCCUGGUGUGUGAGGUCAGCUGUUUUAGCUCAGCGCGCGCGGCGUGGCAGCAAAGGAAGCAAGGAGGGAGAGCAGCGGCGGCGGCGUAGCAUGCGGCGGUGAGAGCGAGGGAGCUAGGGAGGAGGAAGGGAUAGCCGAGAGAGCGAGAGCCAGAGGAUGAUGCAGCUGCCGCAGCAUCACAAGCCGUCCGCCCACUCCUGCUGCCCGUCGUGGAUCCGGAGGUCCCCGCCGUCGCCGCCGCCGCCGCCGCACAAGAAGCUGGGCGGCGGGAGGAGCCGGUAUGCUUGCCGCCUCGUGCCCCUGCUCGUGCUCACCGUGUACAGCGUCGUCACCGUGCUUCGCAUCCCCAGCGCCUCCCUCGUCGUCUCCACCGCCGAUUCAGAGCGCGUGGACAGGCGGGAGGACUUGGAGGCGCUCAAGACCCACCUGCCGUCGAACCAGAACAGCCUCGAGGCCCGCGAGGAGACGCGGUCGGUGGCCUCCCUCCCCUGCUCCGCCUUCAUCAGCGGUGAGGCGGGGCACGGCGAGGAGGGCGUCCUGUGCUGCGACCGGAGCCACUACCGCAGCGACGUGUGCUACCUGCGCGGCGACGUGCGCACGGACCCGUCCACCUCGUCGGUGCUCCUGUACAACGCGGCCCGCGGGAGCGGCCCCGAGAAGGUGCGGCCGUACACGCGCAAGUUCGAGGACAGCGUGAUGAGCAGCAUCGACGAGGUGACCAUCGUGCCCGUGCCGGGCGGCCACAACGCGAGCGCCAGCGCCCUGCGGCGGCGGUGCGACGUCCGGCACCCGCGCGGCGUGCCGGCGGUGGUGCUCUCGACGGGCGGGUACACGGGCAACGUGUACCACGAGUUCAGCGACGGGCUGAUCCCGCUGUUCGUCACGGCGCAGCGGUUCGGCGGCGAGGUGGUGCUGGUGGUGCUCGAGUACCACUACUGGUGGCUGGGCCGCUACGGCGCCGUCCUGGAGCAGCUCACCAACUACAAGGUGGUGGACUUCCGCUCCGACCGGCGCGUCCACUGCUUCGACGAGAUGAUCGUCGGGCUCCGCAUCCACGGGGAGCUCGUCGUGGACCCCAAGCUCAUGCCCAACGGCAAGAGCAUCAAGGAUUUCCAGGCGCUACUCCACCGGAGCUACAGCCGGACGACGACGACACCGUCGGCGUCGCCACCCGUGCCAGUGCCGCUUCCCCUGGCGCCGCCGUCCCGGUCCCGGUCCCGGGCGUGCCCGCGCCCGGCCGCCAAGCCGAAGCUGCUCAUCUUCAUCCGCAAGCAGAACCGCGUGCUGCUCAACCUCCCGCACGUGGUGACGGCCUGCCGGCGGGCCGGGUUCGCGCCGCACGUGAUGAACCUGCGGCGGCAGACCCCGCUGGCCGCGAUCCACGCCGCGCUGGCGUCGGCGGACGCCAUGGUGGCCGUGCACGGCGCGGCCGUCACCCACUUCCUCUUCAUGCGCCCGGGCUCCGUGCUCCUCCAGAUCGUGCCCGUGGGUCUCGACUGGGCGGCCGACGCCUUCUACGGCAAGCCCGCGCAGCAGCUCGGCCUCGAGUACCUCGAGUACAAGGUGGCGCCCGAGGAGAGCUCGCUGGCCGCCGAGUACGGCCUCGACAGCACCGUUCUGAGGAACCCCUGGGUGAUCAGCAGCCGCGGCUGGUGGGAGAUGAAGAAAGUGUACAUGGACCGCCAGAACGUCACCGUUAACAUCAAGCGGUUCGGCGAGCUACUCAGGACGGCGCGGACGCACCUCAAGAACACCACGGCGUGCGCCGCCGCCGCGGCGCUGAGGUAGAAGAUGCUAGUUGAGCUUGGUCAGGUGCUAAUGACUUAGUCAUACUUGUCAAUUUCUUUGUGUUUUCGUCGAGAUCCUGUAAAUAUGAUUGGGUUGGUUCUUUUGGUCGAGAGAUUGGUGGGGAUCGAUCGCCUUCUUCUACAGUGCAUUCGUUUGGUUCAUGGUGUUGCUAGAGCAGAAGCAGAUGAAGAAUAGUUUAUGGCAGGGGCAGCUGUCCUCAAACACCUUGUUCACACUAGUUCAUAGGGGUAGCAGCUCUUUUUAUUUCUCUUCAAAUUUUCUUUUUGUUCUUCUCAUUCUUUGGGUGUCAUGAUGAUGUAUAAGAAACUACAUGUCUUUCUCUGUAACAAAGAUCAAUAGUCCAGACUCUUUUA